GUAUUUAUUAUUUUUCUUCAGCUGUCAUUACUUCCAAUUCGUCCUUGUUUACCAAAAACUUCAUCCGCCUUGUCCCUGACGCCCCCCAGCGCCCGCUCCCCUCCUCCUCUCCGGCGCUGCGCCCCUUCUUCUAAUCACUGUUCUCUUUGUCCUGCAACUAAAAAGCUUAAAAGCUCCAGUGGGUGUGGCCAAGCCUGUUUUCGAGCUUUUCCUAUUGGCCCAGGCGCCAUUCUCUUUUCCCGUCCUCUGAUUGGCCGCUUCGAGCAGUUACCAGGGGGCUUGACGCAAAUAGCGGCUCGCUUCCCAUUGGCCUGGCGGAACGAGAGGGCGGGACACUGUCAGAAUGACAGAACCUGAGCUUGAGCAUGUACGUGGGCGUGUUUGUCGGGAUGAAGAGGGCGUGGCUACGCGUGAGGUUAUAAAGGAAUCUGGAUAAGAAAAUCAUAAUGUCCCAACCAUCAAGAGGACCAAGUGCCUAUAUACCCGAGAAAGAGUUUGGCCAAACCAAUGAUGUGGUGACACUUAUCAACCGCCUGGUGGAAGAGUACAGCACGUCCGGCCGCCUGGACAACAUCACGCGAGUCAUGAGCCUCCACCCGCAGUACCUGGAGUCCUUCCUCCGCACACAGUUUUAUAUGCUACGUAUGGACGGACCCCUGCCUUACCAUUACAGGCACUACAUCGCCAUCAUGGCAGCAGCACGGCACCAGUGUGUGUACUUGAUAAACAUGCAUGUGGACGAGUUCCUGAACACGGGAGGAUCCUCCGAAUGGCUGAACGGGUUGGAAUACGUGCCGCAGAGGCUAAAAAAUCUCAACGAAAUCAACAAGCUCCUCGCACACAGACCUUGGUUAAUAACAAAAGAUCACAUACAGAAACUGGUGAAAACAGGAGAGAACAACUGGUCGCUGGCAGAGCUGGUGCACGCCGUGGUACUGCUGGCUCACUACCACGCGUUGGCAGGUUUCGUGUUCGGCAGCGGCAUCAAUCCGGAACAAGACCACGAACCUUCCAACGGGCACCACCUAGUGGUGAAAAACAAGUUUUGCGUUUGUGAUCUUGCCAACGACAACAGUAUAGAAAACACCGGUCUGAUGAGCAACAGCACCGAGAAUAGCGACUAUGAAAGUGAGAUAGAAGCUUUGAUGGAAAAAAUGAAGAAACUUCAAGAAGAGCGAGAGGAGGAGGAAGCGUCCCAGGAGGAGAUGGCCACACGUUUUGAGAAAGAAAAGAAAGAGAGUCUUCUAGUUUUCUCUGGAGCUUUUGACGACGAGGUGGUUUCUACGUCUAAUGCCUCCCGUUAUAUAGAAGAUCCCGGGUUCGGAUAUAAAGAUUUUGCAAGGCGAGGAGAAGAACAUCUCCCCACAUUCCGAGCACACGACUACUCCUGGGAGGAUCACGGUUUCUCGCUGGUGAACAGACUUUACUCCGACAUCGGCCAUCUCCUGGACGACAAGUUUCGGAUGGUCUACAAUCUCACCUACAACACCAUGGCCACUCACGAGGAUGUGGACACCACCAUGUUGAGAAGAGCCUUGUUUAAUUAUGUUCACUGUAUGUUUGGAAUCAGGUACGAUGACUACGACUACGGGGAAGUUAAUCAGUUACUUGAGAGAAGCCUUAAGGUUUACAUAAAGACUGUGACCUGUUACCCUGAACGAGCCACCAAACGCAUGUAUGAAGGGUACUGGCGCCAGUUCAAGCACUCUGAAAAGGUCCAUGUCAAUCUGCUCCUCAUGGAGGCCCGUAUGCAGGCGGAGCUUCUCUACGCCCUACGCGCUAUAACCCGUCACCUGACCUGAGGUCUCGCAUGUAAUCAUCCAACGCGCAACGCAACUUAAACAUUCAGUUCAAUUACAGCGGCCGCCUGUCAUGUAGCAUCAAACACAUAUGCAUUUCUAGUGUCCAUGCUGGCCAAAACAUGGCCGUAAUGUGCAAUGAAUGACCUGUGUUGUUUUUUUUUGUUUUUUUUUUCCUACAGUGCUCUAUCUAUUGUUAGCAAAAUGGCACUACUAUGAUGUUUUUUUUUCUUUGUUUAUUUUUGUUUUAUACUUUUCAGCAGUAACUAAUCCACACUGCUUUUUCAGAAAGUUUUUUUUUUCCCCUUUAGACACAGGAUUCAGAGUUUUUUUGGGGAUUUUUUUCCUUUAUACAAACAUACAUUUGUAUAUGUAUAACCCAUCCUGGUUUGCCUUGUUCCAGUUAUGUGUAGUGCUUUUUUUUUGUUUUUGUUUGUUUGUUUGUUUGUUUGUUUGAUUUAUAUAAGAGACAGGGGGGAAAAAUAGAAAACCUGGAGGAAAAAAAAUUUAAAACAAAAAAAAAACCAGGAAAAUAAGCUGUACUGUCUAAUUCAUAGAGAAUAUAUAAAGCUUUUUAACCCGGUAUUUUUGCCAACAACUUGGUUAAAAAGUCGAAUCUGUGCCAUAGAAUUGUAGAACUGUAAAUACUGGUAUUACUUUAUAGCUCCGCAGCCUCCACAUCCUUGGUAGUUAGAAUUCGCAGAUUCUGCCAAAAAAAGGACUUUUUUUUACUGAAUGUGGAUAGAAGCUGCCUGCUACAAAAAAAGAGCAAAAAUAAUAAUGUGAAAAAUAUCCUUAUCCCUUAUGGAAUAUCUUGCAGCAUCCUACUGAAAUGCAAAGUUUCGCUAUAUAUAUGAUUUCUAAAUAUUGUCGAGAGUAGUCGAGGGACUCUCUCAGCCUUUUAUUGUAAAAUUUUUUAUUUUUUUGCUAUGACACAGCAGUGUGCCCAAAAUACAUACAUAAGCUAACUGAAGAGUCAGUGGUGGGCAAUGGGUGGGGGGGGGGGCUAGACCUUCCGAAAAUCACAUUACCAGACAAUUCCGUUAUAGAUUACGCAUGGACGUGAACUUAACCUUUGUGGCACUUAAACAGUGAGGUGAUCACGACAGGACUAGUGGCCUUAUGUUUGUCUAACAAGUGACUUAAAGGGGUGCUCCGCUGCUAGACAUCUCAUCCCAUAUCCAAAAGAUAGGGGAUAAGAUGUCUGAUCGCGGGGGUCCCGCUUAUGGGCCCCCCCUCAAUCUCCUGCAGCACCCAGCACUCUAAACAAAUGCCGGGAUCCUGUGUCAGUGGUCAUGACGUUAUGACCACGCCCCCUUGUGACAUCACACCAUGCCCCCUCCAUUCAUGUCUAUGGGAGGGGGCGUGUCUAGGCAAAUUAGGCCCGUCUGUCCCAGCUUUGACCCAUACAUUGCCACUUACCUAACUAAGGCAUAACUGUUAAUGGUCCCUUGCUUGACCUGUACCCAAUUAUUACUAGUUUCUGACCAUGGCGGGUCUUUUCUUUUCCUUCUACCCUUACUUUACCAUCAGCCCCUUGCUUGCCCUAGGCUUGACCGUCAAUGGUCUGUUUUCCUAGGCUUGUAAGCUAGGCCUCAUUUCUGACCCAGCAUUCUCUAGGGCAGUGGUCUCCAACCUGCGG